AUGUGUUCUGAAUUACCUAAAGAGUUUGAGAAGAGCACCGAGGUUUUGCCAUUUACUAAGUAUGGACUGUCGACUAUACAAGAUUUUAGAAAAGCGGAGAAAGAUGUUAAACAUUUGGAAUGGCUAAAAAAAGUUGGAUUAUCCAAUGAAGAAGUACAGCUUUAUCAAGAAAAUGAAGCGGGAUUAUUAGACCAUAGAAACAAAAUUGAAUCCAGUGUCUUGAAAGCCCGCUUGGAGGAGCUCUAUAAUAAAAUUAACAAAUAUCAAAAUGAUGUCAGUUCUGAUCAAUGCAAUGUUGGUGCUGGUACAUCAACAAACAAGAGAGAUGAAUCUCAUGAACGAAUUCCAAAGAAGUCAAUCAUAUUUUAUCCAGAGGGACAUCCAAUGAAUGAAUUGAAGGAAAUUGAAGAGGAUUUAUUUGGCCAUUUAAGGAAUGACAACAUAAUGCCCAUAACAAAGCGGCGUAAGCUGUUACGACGCCUUGAAAGAAAAAAGGAAAGGAUCUUGAGUCAACAGAAGCAAUUAAGGAUUUUGCCCACUCAAAAUAAGCCUGAACAGUCUACUAGCAAACCAGGCAGUCUUUGGGAUGUUAAAGAAAUGCCUAGACAAGCUGGACCCGAAUGUGGGACAUCAAAAGAUAAGCUGAUCGGCCCCAAAGAGCCAACAAUGUACACCAUAAAAGAAAAUAAAAUUGUAAGGUUGGAACCUGUGCAAAGGAAUGAUGAAAAUGGCGAGGAAAACGAAUUCAGGGCGGUAGACAUUGUGAUGCCAGUGAAUCCGGCGGAAGAACAACUGUUGGAGGGCACUAAGAUGUGCUUGGAUGAUAUCAAGAAGAUUGAAAGAUUCAAAGACUAUGAGCCAGGGAUACCAUCAAAAGUACUUUACUUGAAGAACAUCGCACCCUCAGUAUCAGAGCAACAGCUGUCGUUGCUCUUCAAUCAAUUCUUGCUGGAUAAUGGUGGGCCCAUAGAUGUGCGCGUUCUCAGCGGCCGUAUGAGGGGACAAGCUUUUGUCACUUUCCAAACUGAAGACUUGGCCAUAAAAGCACUGGAUGAGGUGAAUGGCACCAUACUGAGCGGUCGUCCCAUUAUAGCUCAGUUUGGCAGAAACAGCAACCGCAUCCAAGAUGAUAACAGA